AUGCGGAGCCCAAGGGGAGGAGGAGGAGGCGUCGGCGGCUGCUACCGCGGCGGCGCCGGCGGCCAGGAGCAGCACGUGGACCUGAUCCCGGGCAUCCCCGACGACGUGGCGGUGGACUGCCUGGCGCGCGUCCCGCACGCCUCCCACCGCGCCAUGCGCCGGGUCUGCCGGGGCUGGCGGAGCGCCGCCGCAACGCCCGCCUUCGCCUCCGCGCGCGCGCAGGCGGGCGCCAACGAGGACCUCGUCUACCUCAUGCAGUUCGGGAACCCGUCCGCCGCCGACGCCGACGCCGAACCCAAGGACGACGACGGGCCCGCCAACACGCCGGCGUACGGCGUCGCGGUGUACAACGUGACGACCGGCGAGUGGCGCCGGGAGCGCGGCGCGCCGCCCGUGGUGCCCGUGUUCGCGCAGUGCGCGGCGGUGGGGACGCGCCUCGCCGUGCUCGGCGGCUGGGACCCGCGCACCUUCGAGCCCGUCGCGGACGUGCACGUCCUGGACGCCGCCACCGGGCUGUGGCGCCGGGGCGCGCCGAUGCGGUCGGCGCGGUCCUUCUUCGCGUGCGCCGAGGCGGGCGGCAAGAUCUACGUGGCCGGCGGGCACGACAAGCACAAGAACGCGCUCAAGACGGCGGAGGCCUACGACGCCUCGGCGGAUGCGUGGGACCCGCUCCCCGACAUGUCGGAGGAGCGCGACGAGUGCGACGGCAUGGCCACCGUGGAGGGCGACCGGUUCCUGGCCGUCAGCGGGUACCGCACGGCGCGGCAGGGCGGGUUCGAGCGCGACGCCGAGUGGUUCGACCCGGCGGCCGGGGCGUGGCGGAGGCUCGAGCGCGUCCGUGCGCCGCCCUCGGCGGCCCACGUCGUUGUGAAAGGGCGCGUCUGGUGCAUCGAGGGCAACGCCGUCAUGGAGUGGAUGGGGACAAGACGCGGGUGGCGCGAGGUCGGGCCGUACCCGCCGGGGCUCAAGGCCGGCACGGCGCGCGCCGUCUGCGUCGGAGGUGGGGAGAAGGUCGUGGUCACGGGCGCGCUUGAUGGGGAGGGCGGCGGUGAGCGGCACGCCGUGUGGGUGUUUGACGUCAAGACCAAGAGCUGGACCGUCGUGCGCCCGCCGCCCGAGUUCGCCGGCUUCGUCUUCUCCGUCGCCUCCGUCCGGAUCUGA